UAAAACAGUCAUCAUAUAUAUUCAUACAGCAAAAACUUGUACCCGGAUCAACUAUUUACAUCAACAAUAAGGAGGAAGCAGACGCAAAAAUGACUGUGAAGUACCAAACUUCUACGGAGACAGCAAUGGACAUCGAUGAUGGGAAUGGUGGCUACAAGCAUCUGAUCAUGAAUGGCAGCAAGCUUAAAUAUUCAGUUUAUGCAUUGAGAAACAGCCCUUUUAGGGCUGCCACGCUUAUCCUUGGGUUGAUGUGUGUUGCCCUAGUGACUGCGGUCAUCGGUCAAUCUGUCCACUAUUGGAAAGUGGGCAAAGACAAUCAGAGGAAAUUGGAAGUUGUUGGAGGGGAGAAAGACAAACUACAGUCCCAACUCAAAAGCGUACAAAACGAGAAGAAGAAUCUAGAAGUCAGCCACGAGCAUUUACAACAAAGUUACAACUUCAUAUCUAAAAGGACAAAUCAAAUCCAAACUAACAACAACUUACUGAAAUCGGAGGCAAACCAACUGAAAGACAGUCAAAGCAAAUUGCAAGCCAGUAAUGCUGCUCUAAAAAAAGAUCUUGAGCAGCUGAAGAGCAGUCAGGAGCAGUUGCAGACUGAUAAAGAUGCCUUGUCAACUGCCAAAAACUUACUCCAAACAAAAUACGAAUCGAUGGGCCAGAGCAAAAAUGUCUUACAGGCCAACUACGAUUCUGUGAUUAAAGAGAGAGACAAUUUGCAGAACAAAUUCAACAAUGUCACAAGGUCAAAAGAGAAGCUGCAAAUGAGUUACAACGUUCUGAUCAAGGAUAUUGAGCAUCUACAGGAGCGAUACACCUCCUCCUCCAAUGAGAGAGACACCAUUGCGAGCAGUCACCAAAACCUAACGUGGGAAAAAGAAACUCUGCAGGCCACUUACACCACACUGGCCAAAGCUACGGACGAAUUGAUGGCCUCCUACAAUUCCACAGUUGAAGAGAAAAAGUUUCUUGAAAGCCGCUUGAAAAAUGUGACGGCAGAGAGAGACCGGCAGAGGGUGGAAAUCAGCAACAUGAGUGCUGAGGUUGACGCGCUGCGUGCAACCGUCACAAGAUUGAACGCAACGAUAAAAGACAAGGUGUGCCAAAGCGGCUGGAAGAAGUUUGAGAACAGCUGCUACUUCGGUUCUACUUCCAAGAAGACAUGGUACCUGAGCAGAAACUACUGUCAAGGAAAGGGAGCCGACCUGGUCAUCAUAAACAGCAAAGCAGAAAUGGUAUUUAUUAAUGGCUUCUUUUCAAAUAACAAAGAGGUCUGGAUGGGAUUGACCGACGAGGGAGUAGAGGGUCAAUGGAAGUGGGUGGAUGGGACCGCACUGACCCUAGAGUAUUGGGCUGAUGGACAACCAAACAGUUACAAUGGCAACCAGGACUGCGGGGAGUUUUGGUAUCGUAGUUCAGGAAACGCUGAAUGGAAUGAUGAAAAAUGUAGUUCACAGAAAUUUUGGGUUUGUGAAAUGUAGAUCCUUUGGGGCAUAUUCUCCCAUUUGCGGAAGACAGAAAAGGCACACGGCUGCAACACUUUUGGCUGCACAGCUCAUCCCAUCGACUUAAGCGUGUCACUUUGGCACCUUCAUGGACAGUACACAGUCAGGGUGGAGCAACUAGAAAUGACGUUGUUCCCCAUUUAUACUAUAUCUUGCCUGGACCGCAUUUUCCCAAAGACUUAAGCAGAUGUUCUGUUGCACACACCAGAGUGUGUAGUAAGUCUAACAUUCUGCAAAAGUCAAACAUCAUAUUGCCUAUGUUGAUUCCAUCACCUGCGUCCGUGAUAGUGGAGUUACUGACUUGGAGUUUGAUGUAAUAAUAAUGUAAUGAUGAUGUGUUGGAUUUAGAAUCAUUUGUUUGUAUUUCACAAUCACAAGCCCGGUGUGUGGCAUAACAUUGCUGGGCACCACAUGUGGCUGGCUAACUCUCUUCUCUACCAUUGCAACUGCUUAGCAUGUCUGCCUCACAGAGCAGAGAUGCAGGGUUCGAUUCCAGCUCCGGCCUUCCUGUGUCCAGUUAGUCUUUUUCAGUCUUACUGGACAAAAGCAACAAUGAUCUUCAUAGUGUCACAGCUAAGUGUUAAAAAAAAGAAUACAUAAACAACAAAUUGUGGCAUUGCUACCACAAUUAUAUAUUCAGCUAAGGCAUAAAGAAAAUAAUAUUCAUAUAAUUUAUUGAUUUGUUGAAAACAUGUUUAUCAUGAAGUUGUCUAUUGUAAGCGAAAUGACUGUGAUUCCAAUUCUGUGUGUUUGUGCAGUUAAAAAAAAAAACAAUGACAUUUAGCUUUCACUCAGAAGUGCAAAAAAAAAAAACGAAAUGAUUAUGAUAAACUGAGAAUUGUGUGUAUGUUUCUGUUAACCUCGGAGCGAAUACUGUCACUAUAGCAAUAUUUGAUGUGUGCAAAGACUGAUUGUUGACGUCCAAUAUAAAUCCAGAAAGACGUCACCUCAAUGUAUCCUGAACUUGUUCUUUGCUCAUGUUGUUUUUUGGUUUUCCAUCUUCUCCGGGGUAAUACAAGUGGCGUCCGC